CAAUAAUAAAAAUUACAGUUCGUCAUUUAGGUCAUGAAAUAAGAUGGCGGCUUCCCAUGGACUGCAUGCAAAUUCUGCAAUGAUGAAGGAGCAACCAGUUAUAUACAAUGAAUUGGCCAUAAGGGGUAAUAUGUCCAUAUUGGACUAUUGUCGGACAUUCAUGUCAGCGAUAUCUGGAUCAGCAGCUGGUAUUCUAGGUCUUACCGGUCUCUAUGGUUUCAUCUUUUAUUUCAUCACAGCCUUUCUCUAUCGGUGAUUUAUGCUGUUCCUGAAGACUGGUGGACAAUGGCACAAAUAUUUUAGGAUAAGACGACCACUCUUGACUCAUGGACUCUUUGGUGGACUUUUUACAUACAUCUUAUUUUGGACGUUUCUUUAUGGUAUGGUGCAUGUGUACUGACCCAGGACUCUUAGGAGACUGUAUGCAUCACUAGGGACCCUCCUAGCAACCACCAUGUGUCCUCAUAGCAACCAUCAUUUAUCACCAGGAUGGAGGUGCUAAUGUCAUAAGAAAUAAUCCUUCAAGGAAAGAACUGCUUAAUACCCAAAGGAAGGAAAUACUAGUACUGAGCUCUGUCUGUACAAGGUAUUCAUCCAUUAGCUACUAAAUUGCAUUCCCAUAGGCGUAAUACAGGGAACACCCAGUUUCCGUAGGCUACGGGUUAGCAUUGUGGCACUGUGAUGGCUUUAUCCUACACGCAGAUAUCGGUUACAGUAUUUUCUAGGUGAAACUGCAGUUUAUGUAAUGCAUCGGAACAUCCUAUUCCUACGUGUAACUUCUUGAGAAUUAUUCCCUCCAGGCUUAAGAGCUGAAAACAAUACAGGGCAUUAUGAGUAGUUGGUACACUGUGAUGAGGACCCUUCUUUUAUAUACAAUUUAUCUACCGUAUCAUGAACAAAAUACUUUUCUUUUUUGUUGUGGGGGGGGGGGGGGGGGGCCGAGGGGUUGGAUGUUGGAUAUUUCAUUUACAGUGGAACCUUGUUAUACAGAAUAUUCCUACUGUUACAGCAAACUUCCCUCAUACCAAGUUAAUUUCCCCCAGAUUUCAUUUCUGUAUUAAACAUGUAUUUCCUUUGUUUUAGCCCUGACGUAACAAGAUUUCAAUAUAGAAAGAUAAUUGAUUUGGUUGCAGAUGAGUUUACCGGUAUGAGGUUUCACUAUAUAUAGGUUUCAAAUACCUGUAUGAACAGCAUGAGAAAUAUCUGAAAUUUGUACUCGUCCCACAGCAAAGAAAACAUGGAAACAUACGUGUGCAGUGGACUUUGUUGUAUUAGACAAUUUUAUAUUCCAAUGAAAUCCCCAACUGUGAAUUUUUUUUGUUUACAUCAAACGUUGACUUUAAAGUUCCAAGGCUACAUUUCAUGAGAUAAGUUCUGUCAUUUUUAUAAGUCUAUUAAAAGUAUUAUAUUUAUGUGCCAAGCCAGGGCUCCGAAUAAAUUCUACUGGGGGGGGGGGGGGGGGGGUUGUGGAGUUGGAAUUUAUUUUAUAUGUAGGGAUCCAAGAUCAUUAUGUUUUUAAUAAGGGUCAAGCCCUUGUCAGGCACACAUUUACAUCUCACAAUUAAAAUUCUGAUUUUCCUGUUACAUUUAUACCGGUAAGCAGUGUAGUCACUGGUAUUACGAGGGGAAUGUUGAGCGAGAUUAACAAUAACUAGAUCAGAGAUUCAUUACAUUCAUAGAUAGCAAUGCAAG